AGUUGCUGCAGCCACCGCGUGGCCCGCGCGCCUCCGCUCCUGGCAGCGCUCCAGUGCCGAGUCCUCCCUGCGCGGACUACGGGCACCGCGGCGGGGGACGGGCGGGCGAGGACGCGGACCACCCGAGGUUCCAGAGGUACCCCGGCUACCGAUCGCAGGGCUGGCACGCUUCCCGGGCGGCCGUGACUCGUGGCCGGGGUCCUGUGGGGGAGGGGCAGAUAAAACGGAUGCUUAUUGUUUUGCAAGUCAGACGUGGGGGCCAGGGCUUUAAGCAGGGUCCUCUACGAACCCCCGGUACACCCGUCUUCCCCUGUCCUGGCGUUGAUGCGCUCGCUCAGCGGCGCAGCCCGGGUGCCAAGGGCGGAGCGAGCCGCGUAGCCCUACUGGGACGGCUGCGAGAAAGCACGAGGCGGCGUCCAGGGGAAGAAGAGGAGCCCCGCUUGGACUGGAUGCCGGGGCCGGGGAUUGCAGGGGUUUCCGGGAAAAAUCCUGAGAGCCAAAUAAGCGAGUCUUCCGUUUGUGCUAAGAUUGUGCAGCUUCUGGGACAGAAUGAGGUGGACUAUCGUCAGAAGCAGGUGGUUAUCCUGAGCCAGGAUAGCUUCUACCGUGUCCUCACGUCAGAGCAGAAGGCCAAAGCCCUGAAGGGCCAGUUCAAUUUUGAUCACCCAGAUGCCUUUGACAAUGAACUCAUCUUCAAGACACUCAAAGAAAUCACGGAAGGGAAAACGGUCCAGAUUCCUGUGUACGACUUUGUCUCCCAUUCCCGGAAGGAGGAGACGGUUACUGUCUACCCCGCAGACGUGGUGCUCUUUGAAGGGAUCCUGGCCUUCUACUCCCAGGAGGUGCGAGACCUGUUCCAGAUGAAGCUUUUUGUGGACACAGAUGCGGACACCCGGCUCUCCCGCAGAGUAUUAAGGGACAUCAGCGAAAGAGGGAGGGACCUUGAGCAGAUUUUAUCUCAGUACAUUACAUUCGUCAAGCCUGCCUUUGAAGAAUUCUGCUUGCCAACAAAGAAAUACGCUGACGUGAUCAUUCCUAGAGGUGCAGAUAAUCUCGUGGCCAUCAACCUGAUCGUGCAGCACAUCCAGGACAUCCUGAACGGGGGGCUCUCCAAGCGGCAGACCAACGGCUAUCUCAACGGCUACACCCCUUCACGCAAGAGGCAGGCCUCGGAGUCCAGCAGCCGGCCCCACUGACCCCGUCCCCAGGGGCCCGGAGGAGGGGGCAGGAGGCACUGUGCACCCGUGCAUAUGGUUUCCUGUGACAUUGCUGUAUUUAAGAAAACACCAUGGAGAUGAAAUGCCUUUUUUUUUUUGGUACUUUGGAGCAACGAAUUGAAACACAAGUUGACCCUGAGCUUAAAUGACAAACUGUGCCAACUACUACUGGUGAUGCCUAAUUAUGAGUCCAACGUGUAACCAGUUAUAAAUACAUAUAUAUAUAUAUACAUAUAUAUAUAUAUAUAAAAGGAUCUAUUUUUGUGUAAAUGUACAAAUACUGUACAGCUGUUUGCCGUAAGUAUUCUGCAGGAGGGCCUGUCCUUGAGUGUGUCGGGGGCUGGACCUGGGGUUUCACCGGAGGCCUGGUGCCCGGCGUGUGCCCCGCGGGGCAGGUUCGGGUGGCUGUGGAAGGGAGGCUCGGGGCUCGUGGCUCUCAGCGUCUGUGUGACUCACUGGAAGUGGAGUUUGGAAACUUUGAUCACCUCCCCUGCCAGAUGCUACCUUCUUGGAGCUGGAGCUUUAGGAUAAUGUGGAUAAGAGAUCCUCUUUUAUUUUUUCUUCUCUCUCUCUCUCUCUUUUUUUUUUUCUGAGUUGAAAUUAGGCAAGACCUCAAUUAAAAAAUCAAACUCAGGGAAGAAGCCCACUGCGGGGCAUGAGUCUUCUGUGUUUUCUUCUUGCCCCCACCCCACCUCUGGCUGCUCAGGCAGCCCUCUGUCUCCUUCCUUACUCACCCGCUUCCGAAGACCAGAGCGGCUCCUUUCUCCUUCCCUGGUGGGGAUGUGAUGGGGUCGCUUCCUGACAGAGUGGGGAAAGAGGGACCGUGCCUGAGAUGCUGACGUCUUCCGGGGAGGUCGCCAGUGAUAGUCCUCGGGCUCUCCCCCAGAUGCUGGGGUGCACAGUGGACCCUCGCAGCCUGGGCUUUGGUUGGACCUCUCCUGGCAGCCGGCCCCUCCCAGGGCAGCCAGGGAGCUCUGCUGUAUGGGGAGCUGUCGUGUUUGUCCUUCAACCUGAGGGGUUUGCAGCGAGGUGAAGACAGCAGGGGCCGUGACAGGCAGCAUCCCGGCCAUGCAGAUUCACUUACCUACCAUGCAGCCCCGUCACCCGGCGGCUGGGCACAGGAGGCGGGGAGGAAGAGUAGCGUUUUUAAAUUACAACUUGGAGUCUUAGGCUGAAAACAUUUGGGCUGGAGAAUUCUAGCUUUCCCCGAGGCCCCCUCUUGGUGGAAACUUCCUUCUUUGGAAGCAGUACCGAUUCCUGAAGAUUCCUGGUGGCGGGGGUGCUGGAGGAAGCAGCGGACCUAGUGAGAUGGAGAAGCUGUGAGUAUAGUGUGCUAAAGCCUCAUCUUUGAACUGCAGGAGAGCCAGAACCUUUUCAUCUCAGCGUGGACCAUCUCAGUGCUUGAUAGGCUACGCCCUUAGUUAUUCCCUUGUGGCUGCCACAGCCUGAAACAUUUUGGGGAUCCCUUCUCCUUCCAUUGCUUUUGUAGCCCCUUGGAGCCAUUCUGAUAAGUCCAGCACCAUUAACUCUAGUCACAUUGAGUUGUUCCUGUAGGCUCAGCCUCACCCGGUUUGCUUCCCCCUUUCUGGACUCCAUUUGACUCUAACUCUGUUGGGCUGAGUCUAAAAGUCAAACCUAAUCCGCAGCAGGGCUUUGCCACCCCUGAGACCUCCAGGAGACUGGACUGCUGUGGAAGGCUCUGGAAGGAGCCCCCGAGGGCAACAGCUGCCGAGUUGGAGCAGGGGAAGGCCCCUAAGGUGCCUGCUCUGAAGGCCAGUGCCCGGCGGGUUGGCUGAGUUCUGAAGCCCUCAUUUCCAAAUCAGUGUUGAUUAUCUUUCCAGUCACGCCUUGUGUAGCUCUGAGGUGAAGGGUGGAUGGCAGGCCUGGGUUAGCCCCCUGCUCUGUGGGGGCCUGUCUGUGCUCAGGGGAAGGCCCUCCGUCUCGGGGAGCCUUGGCCCUUUGGUGGGUAGCACGCUUAACUUUACUUGAAGCUCCCAGGUGCCAAACCAUUCAGUGCCUUGGCUGUCUAUCCUACUGCCUUGGAAGAUGGAGUCUUCUCAUCUCUGAGCCUUGACUUACUUAGCUGCUUUUUCAUCUACUCGUGGUGUUGGGACCAAGCCUCCAGGGUUUUCCGAGUCGCCCUGUCCUUGGUGGGAAACAGUUCUCAGGCUGCCCUGCCCCUCGGUAAAGUCAAAGUGUUAGUCACUCAGUCGAGUCUGACUCUUUGCCAUCCAGUGGACUGUAGCCCACCAGGCUCCUCUGUCCAUGGAGUACUGGAGUGAGUAGCCAUCCCCUUUUGCGGGGGAUUUUCCAGACCCAGGGUUUGAACCCGGGUCUUCUGCAUUGCAGGCAGGUUCUAUACUGUGUGGGCCGCCAGGGAAGCCCCACCUCCUGACAUCUUGGCCCACUGGCUGGGGGCUCGCUGCCUGUGCCAGUGACUCCUCUGGUUCUGUGACACACAAGGUCUGGGCCAAGGAGGGGGUGGAAGCUCUGCCCUGUGGGGACCCCAGCAUUUAGCCAACUGUGCAUCUAUCUGAACCUGCACUUUCUAUGUGGCAAAUCCUGGAAUUGGUAUUUUAAGAGCCACUGGAUCUCUGUUUUUGCUGGAGCAUCGGAUAGAAUUAUUAGGCCAGAGAUGGAUACUGUUUGCUGUCUGGGGAGGCAGCACGGAUGAGCAGAGUAGGGCAGGGUUGGCUGUGUACGCACGGGAGUUUCUUGGCUUCAGAGACGCCCGGUGGUGCCUGCUUCUCGCAUUGUGCAGGUGUUGUCCAAGGACCAAGUGUUUACAACAGGCGUUGUGUCGUGGAAAGUCCUGGGCCCACACUCCUUCUCGCUAAUGGAACUUCUGCCUUCCUGGGUUUCUUGUUCUUGGGCAGCCUGAGACCAAUAGGAGCAGAGAGCUGGGAGUGUGUAUAAGGAAGAUGCAGUGUUGUUACCUCAGGCAUCAUUGGAUUUGGAGUGGGUAGGGUGGGCCCUCGAGAGGCGAUGGUCUGUGAAGAACAGGCUGUGGAGGGUAAUGCAGGAGCCUCCAGUUCACCCUUCAGAACCUGUGAACUGCAACAACCCACUGUGGUCUUGGCUGCUGGAUGGUCAAGGACUUUGGCUUCCUGCCUCUCCUGGGCUGGCCUGGACGCUCGUCGUGGUGCCCGGGGUGGGCUGCCAGCCUCUUGUGAGGCUGCGAGGUCUGGCUUGCGUGCAGGAGGCGCCGGAGCCCAGCUGGUUCAGGCAUCACCUCCUUGGCCAUUGUUGUGUGGCUUCCCUGAUUCGGCAACCUUGACCUGCCCCAGGGCCCAAAGCCAUUGGCAGAAACGUAGCCUCUUGCAGGGAAAUGUUCUCCUCUACCCUGAGUCUCCCACCUGCCUGUCAGUGACCACGUUGGUGAGGCAGGCGAGGGUGGUUCCGGGUCUCAGGGCUGGGCUUCUGGAAAGGGCUGGCUUCUCUGCCACUCCUACCCUUCGCCCUGACCUCAGGGUAGAGUGGGCAAAGUCCCAGUGUCCCAGCAGAUGAGAGAGAGUGACAGCAUGCUCGGGUAGCCGUCGGGGCGAGUCUGGAGCCGAGUCCCCCCUUUGAACUUGGUCUCUGCGCCUUCUGCGGCCCUCCUCAGGCAGUGGGCUGGCUUCAAGGCACUGUCCGGCCACCCUUAGAGGUGGCGCGUGCCUGGCUGGCCCUGCCUCAGGAACAGGGUGAGUAGGUAAAUAGAGACGUAGGCCUUUUUAUUUUUUUGUUUUUUGUCUUUCAGAUGCUUGCACUUUCUUCUUUUCCUUCUACUGCCCUGCACUUACUUGUUAGCACUUAAUUAAAUGACCACAUACUCUGUACUUUGCUGUAAAUAAAGACUGAACAGAAAAGAACCCACUCUCGCCUCCUUUGUGGUGCUUGUGGAGGAGGAGCAGUGACAGGCCAGUGGGUGCAGGAGGGGUAGCGCUCUAGGCCUUCGCUGGCUGGAUGUGGGCACCAGCCCGUUGUCGCUGAGCUUCCCCAUCGUCUGCUGCGCCGCAGGCCUCCAUGCGUGCACUUCUGCUCCAUCCCUGAGGGCCAGGCCAGUCCCUGGGAGGCUUCUGUUCUCUGGCCCUGGCUGGCUCUGCUUCCUCUGAGGUCAUCCAGUUUGUGCAGUGUCUUCCCUCCCUCCCCUCCCUUUGCCGUCCCUCCCUCAGCUCCAAUAGUAAAAGCCAAAACAAAACCUUAUAAACCCUUAUUGGGUGGAGGAGCGUUGGCAUUAUAACAAGGAACAACUUAAAGCUGAAUACACAUACAUACAUGUGUGUGAUUACCUUAAGUGACUAUAUCUAUUUAGUUUAUAGUCAUGCAAUCAAUGCAGAUAACCAUCAACCUCCUUGUUAUUAAAAGAUCUAGGCCACCCACCACCAGAGAUCUUAAAAUAACUAAAAUAAUUGGCUUUUGCCCUCUUUGUAGCACCCAGUCCCCCUCACCCCUGCCUUCUCAGUUUCCCUUUCGUCCCUUCACCCGCUGUUCCCAGGCGCCUCAUCACCCUCAUUGCUGUGCAAAGCUGCCCUGCUGUUCCCAGCCACUCGUCCCAAGGACAGGGGGACCCACCGAGGAGUCUGGGUCCAAAAGAACUUGAAUUUCAGAGGAAUCCAUCUCAGAAGGCUGGUGUGUUUUUAAGUAACACAUAGGUGUGUAUUAUCAAGCUUGGUGAUUACCUGCAGGCAGAUGAAGACCUCGUGAACCAUGAUUUAACAACCACUUUAGCUGUGAUCUGGCUUUCUCUGUGCAUUGCUCUCGCAUCUCCCCGGUCUGUGUGCCAUGUCUGGAGCCAGGUGCUUUGCUUGGCUCUGCUUCCUUGCCGUCCGUGGGGGCCAGUGCUGCAGGCCAGUGAGCUCAGGUCUGCUUCCUUGCCGUCCGUGGGGGCCAGUGCUGCAGGCCAGUGAGCUCAGGUCUGCUUCCUUGCCGUCCGUGGGGGGCAGUGCUGCGGGCCAGUGAGCUCAGCUCUGCUUCCUUGCCGUCCGUGGGGGGCAGUGCUGCGGGCCAGUGAAGCUCCCGAGCUGCCCGCUUUCCCUCCCGAGCAUCUGUCACAGUGUCCGUUGAGCCACCCACUGCUCCACAGCCUGGACUCACUAGUUUGAUGACUGAGUAAGUGCUGCUUGAGUCAAACCAGCUCAACUCACAUUGAAAGAAACCUGUGAGGACCUGCAUAAAAGUUCUACAGAUGAGAGGUGGGGGAGACCUAGGAUGUGGGAAAGUAGCUUUGAGAGGAGGGGCCACAGGGAUUGAUUUCUGUCAUCCUCUGGUGCUGAGGGCCGUUUAAAACAGUUUAAACACAUUCGCUAAAACCCAACAUGAAGUUAACUUUCCAUGGUUUAUCUUCUCGAUAAACCAUGAACCAAAACAACAAAUUAGCCAGUGGAAUCAAUUUGAGCCAGGACUAAAGAUUUAUCCGGGGCUUCCCGGGUGACCCAAUGGUAAAGAAUCCACCUGUCAAUGCAGGAGACACGGGGUUUGAUCCCAGGGCUGGGAAGAUCCCCUGUAGGAGAAAAUGGUAGCUCACUCCAGUGGUCUUGCCUGGAAAAUCCCAUGGACAGAGGAGCCUGGCGGGCUACAGUCCAUGGGGGUCACAGAGUCAGACACGACUUAGCAACUAAACAACAACUUCAAAGAUUUGUUUAUCCAUACAUCUCGAAUGAAUGUGUAGGAGAACGUGAAAUUGUGUAUUACACAAACUCGUUUUUCACAUAGGGCAAAUCUAUGCUUGGCAUGCCCUUUUACAAUGAGGUGCCCACCGUGUGUUGCUGAGUGAGGAAGUGGCCUUGCGUUCACCACGGUUGAGUGCUGACUGCCCUGGGCCAGGGAAAGCCAGCCUAACCUCUCCUUAGGCUCACGUGUCACAUGGGGUUUUAUCUGACAGGCCCAGGAGGCUCUUACCCAGGGAAUUAGAGUGGAGGAUAUUUCCAGAUUCCUCUUUAUCAGUGAGUGCCAUGUACACCAUGUACUUUCUUUUCAGUUCCUGGAAUUCCUGACUUUGAUGAUAACUCCUGGGACUUUACCAGUCUUCAGUCCCGCAAAGUAUGUAAGCAAUGUGGUCCUGCUCCAGUUUUACAGAGGAAGCUAGGAAGUGGGUCAAGCUGUAGGAUGAGGCUGUCUGGCAUAUGUCUGCCAUCUAGUGGUAGAACUCAUUUCUCACCAGGAGAUGGCCUUGGGUCGUUGGACUAAUGCUAUUUAUGAGAGUUGUCCGGCCUAGAAGUCUAGACUUUUUUUUUUUUUUUCUGGAAGAUCUUUAUUAAAGUCUUUACUAGGGAGACAAGGAGCAUCAGCUCCUACUUCUUAGUU